GGCAGUGAAUUUCGCGGAAGCCGCAGUCGAUGUCGGUUGUUUCUUAUUGAUAAAUAAAAACAAGUGUACUAGAGAUGAAUUUCUCUUCGGACGAUGCGGUCAACGCAAACAAUACACUACACAAGAAUAUACGAGUAAAGAUAGAACCUGGUCUUGCGGAUCCGCUAGAGAAGGAAACACGAAGAAAGUGCGCAGUAGGUGGUGAUCGCCAGAGGAGAGAUACUUCUCCUGACGCGGCGCGAUACAGUACUCCCCAAUGUACAUCAUCAGUGUCUGCAGAUAUAAUAUUGAAAAAUAUCAAAAUGGAACCUGGUUUACCUACCACAACACAGAGAUUAACAUCCUAUCGUCUACCUCGAGAUCUGACGUUAGGUGGAAAUUUAAAGACUGAUAAACAGAAAAAAUACACACCAAACCUUAAUGUUCAGCGGAACAGAAAGAAGGAUGAACCAGUUACACCUAAGAUUGAAUCUACAAAGUUAAGAGAUAGUGGAUUCAAAGAUCAUGGGAGAGGACGAGGCAGAGGUGAUAGAGGACGUGGCAAAGCACAUUUAAUCCAAUCUGUGGGUGUAUGGUCUGAAGGAUUAAAUGCACCGAUAGUCAGUAGAAGAUCUGGUAGCUCAAGAGAUAGUAGUGCAAGUACCAGAAAAUAUAUGGACAAACCAAAGAUGAAUUUAAAUAAAGUUAUUAAUAAAUUAGAAGAAGAAGAAAAAUUAAAAAACCUGUUAGGGGAUGACUCUGCUGAUAAUGAUGUUAAUGUGGAUAUUGAUUAUAUAAUGUUGCCUUUGGGUAAAGAUGAUACUAAAAAAUUAUAUAAAAAGGAGAUUAAGACAGAAGUUAGUGCACGUACUGAUGAAAACGAUGUUGACAAGAAACCAAUUAUUUCAGAAAAUGGUGAAGUAGUGGUAAGUGUGAAAAAAGAGCAGAAAGUAAAGAUGGAGAUGUUAAAAGAGGAGAAGAAAGAUGCAAAUGAAAAAAUUCCUGAAAUAAUUGAGAAUAAAUCCAAUUCUUAUGUGUUGAUAAAGUUUCCAGUUUGCUUGCCAGGCCUAAAAUCUAGUGAUGACAAAGAGGAUCCGAAACCAAAACGAUCCAAUGACUCGAGACUAACUACUAACACAAAUAAUAAAGAGAAAACUGAGUAUUGUACUAUAAAGGAUUUAAACAGUGGUCUCAUAGGUAAACUUGAGCUUUUGAAGUCUGGCAAGAUGAGAUUACGGCUGGGUGAAAACUAUUUGGAUGUCUCCGCUGGAGUACAAACUACUUGCCUUCAACAUGUUUUAGCUGCAAAACUAGAUACAAUGUCAUUAACUGGUGAUCUUAUCAAUCUUGGUACAGUAAAAGAUACGCUAGUAUGUUCAGUAUCUUUUGAAUCUUUCUUAAAAUAAAACUAUGUUAUGUAAAAUACAUAUAUUUUAAGGAAAAAGAAAAAGAUUAAUUCGUG